CCCACCGCGUGCCAAUUUUCCUGUCGUCGGCUGGGAGAUUCCGACGAUGACGACGGACGACGACCGACCACGGGUCGAUGCCGACGCCGAGAAACCACGUGACCCGCGCGCAAACGGCGGCUCGUCGACGCCGCUGCGCCUCGAACCGGAAGCCGUCGACUUUGAGCGCGCGCUCGAAGCGGUCGGCGGCAUGGGCAGGUGGCAGCACUGGCGCAUCGUCGUCGUCUUUCUCGUCGGCGUGCCGUCCGGCUUUCACAACGUCGCCAUCUCGUUCCUCGCCGCCUCGCCCGACCACUGGUGCGCCGUGCCGACCCUCCAGGGGGCGCUGCUGCCGCUCGAACUGCAGCGACACUACAGCGUGCCGACGGAGAUGCGCGCCGGUAGGGAGCGCUACUCGCAGUGCUACAAAUACGCGCACAGAGACUACGAUCUCAUCGCUGGACUGUACGCGAACGGUAGUCUGCCGCCACCGUCGUUCUACGACAAUGCAUCGGCGUUCUAUGAUAACGCGUCGGCCCUGGCUCCGUCGUCGCUGCUGCCGCCGUCGUUCUACGAUAAUUCGUCGGCGUUCUACGAUAAUACGUCGGCCCUGGCCCCGUCGACGCUGCUGCUACCGGCAACGUUCUAUGAUAACGCGUCGGCGGUGCCGUGUGACGCCGCGGGAUGGGUGUACGACCAGCCCGAGGGAGCGUGGACGGCAGUAACGCAGUGGGACCUCGUGUGUGACAAGGCAUGGCUGGUUGCCACGGCCCAGAUGCUCUUCAUGGCAGGCCAUCUAACAGGCUGUAUCGUCUUCGGAUCGAUCUCCGAUAAGAUAGGUAGACGGAAGACAUUGCUGAUUUCGCUGACGUUGAUGGUGGUGACGACCAAUGCUACUGCCUUUGCUCCGUCCUACGCUAUCUUCGGCAUCCUGAGAUUAUUUCGGCACAACUUCGUCAGGGGCAUUCAUGACGGCCUACGUCUACCCGACGUCGACACGCAUGGCUAUACAGAUAUGCUUCUACUCAUCGAGGUUAUUGCAUGGAUCUCAUGCUCUUCAUUUCUGCCGGCCGGUUUCACGAAGCGUAAUUGA